AAGAUGGUUAAAAGAUUGUAUAGUACACAAUCUAAAUUUUUUAAUCAUGUUGAUAUGAUUUGGAAAUCAAUAACUUGAAUAAGAUACAGAUAAGUAUACGAAAUCAUUUUUCCUAUUACUGCAACAAUUAGAUCAUUGUCAUUGAAUCAUAUUUUAUGAAAAAUGGCAAAAUAAUUUAAACUCUCUAAUAUUUAAUCUCUCUCAAUCCGCUAAUGCAAAUCGAUAGACCUAAAACACAUGUUACCUUUUACUUUGAAAUGAAAAUUACCUCACACAAUAGAAAGACAAAGCUCCUUCAAACUAGUUUAACCACAAACAAUAAUAAUCGCAUGUAUCAAAGUCAGGGCAAAAUAGAAGAGAACUAAAUACCAGAACAAGCUAAUCAAAUGUUUCACUUUUCUUGUUGUUCCAUUGCCAGCUGUUAAAAGUUGGUGUCCUUACUCCUCCCUCAAUCCUUUUGGGUUGUCUGUUAAUUGACAUGCUAAUUUCCGCCAUAUCCAUUCCAUUGGUUGCCAAAAAUAUCUUUGAAAAGAACCUCUAAAAAUAAUUUAGUUUGCCAAAUGUCGAACGCGCGCUUUUGGGGUGGUUGUCCUUGGCAACCAUUCGACCCCCUGGUCGAUAAAAAAGUCAACAAAAAAAGGAACAAAACAUGUUUUUGCUUAGGAAUUUGGGUUUAUUAUUACGCAGAGAAGCAUCACAAUAUUAAGAGGAGUCAAAAGGAGGUGUAAUCAAUGACUUAAAAUGACGCCAAAACGCAAGCGACAUAGUCGCAGUGAGGCAACAGCCAAGAGCAAAGCCAAGCUAAAGGAGGAGCACUUGCAAUUGCUCGAGGAAUUGGAUUUGGCGGACAGUUGUUGUGACAUUUGUCAUUGUGAUUGCUAUAGCUCGCAUAGCAGCAGCAAUGUGAGUGCCCGCAAUGGUCCCGCCAAGGACUCCGAGGAGUUGCGUCAAUUGGAUCAGGAUAUCAAAGUCUUGGAGCAAUUGCAUCAAAAGGAAAGGGAAUGCAAGCGUAGUCACAUCCGAACUGCCAAAUCUCCCAGUGGAAUUGAGGUAAAGGUCACUUCACGUAGCCGUAGAGGUUCAGCCACAGAGAUUCCGAGUCGCGGGUCCACGGCCAGUCGAAGUCGUAGAUCCAAAAGUGCGGGAAGUCAGCGAAGUAUUAAAGAAGAAGUCCCAAAAACUGAAAACGAAACACUAAAGUCUCGCCAACGAGGAGGACAACGUGCAGGACGUCAAAAGGAUUGCAAAAUGCUGCAGUCUAUUUUGGGUUCCCUGAACGAUACUCCAGCUCUUUCCAUUAUUGGCAAAGGCAAAUCCAAGUCACAGGAUAAUGUUAAUCAAAUGAAAGCUCCUUCCCCCAAAUCUAAUCUUUGUGUUUCCAUGGCCAAUCUCUGUUUGGCUCCCACAGUGCGUGCGGCCUAUCAACAGAUACCCACCCAUGACCAGAAGAUACUCAAUCGCAUGGCCGUCAAGAGGAGUCAACAGGCGGCGGAUAAGGAGCACGCCUGGUUGGCUCGCAAAUACUGGGAGAAUGAACGUCUGGAGCGCCAGCUGCUUAAGUGCGAGCAAGUGGAAGAGUACAAACGGGCCGUUCACGACAAGCAAUUUCAGGAUUAUCUCAUGACCAAAGCGCGUCUGCAGGCUCUGGCCGAACGCGAUUUGGCCGAAUUGCGACGUCUACGCGGCGCCCUCGAUGCCAAAGAUGCGGCAGCCAAGCAACGUCUGGCCUCCAUGAAACUGGAACGCGAUUUGACUCUCUGUCAGCGCCGCUGCGAGGAACUGCGACGCAGUGAGGCAGUCACCGUGCAGCAGGAGGAACAGAAUCUGGAUGCCACUCUCAAGAAGAGAGACAUCUGUAUGCGUCUUACCCAGCGUUUGCGCCGCGCCGACGAGUUGCGCUCCGAACUCCUGGAAUCCUAUUUGCGACGUCUGCAGCACGACAAUUAUGUGGAACAGGCCCACCAUGAGGAACACUGGCGAGAACGUCAGCAAAUGGAACGCUUGAAGCGUGAGCAACUGAAAGAGGAUAUCCAGCGCAAACGACGUCAAUCCCAGCGUUUUGUCGAAGGUCGUCAAAGGCAUCAUGAAGCACGUUAUCGUACGGCCAAAAUAUCGGCCAGUCUGAGAGAAUUGGUACGGCAAUCCGUGACCCCGGAGGGUGGCAAUUCCAAUUCCCCGGCCGUGGGUCUCGAUCAGGAGGCCUUGAGUUACUAUGCCCAGCAGCAGGUGCAUUUGGGUCGUUUGCUCUUCGAGCAGCCCAACAAGUGAAAUUAGAUUUUCGUGUAAAUAUCUCCUACGAAUUGUUGUUAUUCUAUUGUAAGUAAAAUAAAACCCAUUGAAAACUAUGACGAGGCCUUCACUUUGCCUCGUUUGCUUGUUUAUAA